UUAUGCAGCUCAAGUGGACCUGGACCGUUCUAUGUGAAGCUGUGCUGCACUGGUGGAAUAUAAAUCAGCUGCAGAUUACACAUACAGCAGUUGUAAGAGGAAGGUAGCUCGGCUUCAGAGAAAGGAAUAAUCGCACAAACCAGUUCAUGAUCUGGGAUAUUCUUCGCCGCGAAUUCUUCGCACCCUGUGUGUACUGAACCAUGGGGACUGCCAGUAAGCCCACAAAAGGGUUUGCCAUGCUCCUGUGGGUUGUUUAUCUGUUGCUGCUGAUUGAAGCGAGGAAACCGUCCAAACAGAUGAAGUGUCCCGUGGGCUGCACUUGUUCCAAAGAUAACGCUCUUUGUGAAAACAGAAAAUCCAUUCCUCACAAUUUUCCUCCCGGCGUGGUCUCCUUAUCAUUCGUGAAGUCGGGUUUCAGCGAGAUCCCAGAAGGCAGUUUCUUACACAUGCCAUCCCUGCAGCUCCUCUUGUUCACUUCUAACUCGUUUGACACCGUUGGAGAUAAUGCUUUCCUUGGGCUUCCUCAACUUGAAUACCUGUUUGUGGAAAACAAUAAAAUCCAGUCCAUCUCGAGGCUUGCUUUUCGAGGACUUAAGUCUCUAAUUCACUUAAGCCUGGCAAACAACAACCUUCAGACAAUCCCAAAGGAUGUAUUCAAAGGCCUGGAUGCUUUGACCACUGUGGAUCUGAGAGGGAAUUCUUUCCAUUGUGACUGCAAACUCAAGUGGCUGGUCGAAUGGUUGGUCAACACAAAUGCAACUGUGGAUCAGAUCUACUGUGCCAGUCCUGUGGAGUACCAGGGUCAUAAAAUUAAUAACCUCUCACUGAAGGAAUUCGACUGCAUAACCACAGAAUUUGCUCUCGAUCGGUCUCUUCCGUUCCAGUCGCUCUCCAUUGAAACCUUCACCUUCAAAAAUGAUGUCAAAGUGGCCAUUGCCCAGCCAGUCAUUGGGAAAUGCAGCUUCUUUGAAUGGGAUCACGUAGAGAUGGUUUUCAGGAACUACGACAAUAUUAUCGGCAGCUCUACCGUGUUCUGCAAACCACUUCUGAUUGACACCCAGCUCUUUAUUAUCGUGGCCCAGCUGUUUGGUGGCUCCCACAUCUACAAGAGGGACAACUUCGCAAACAAGUUCAUCAAGAUGCAAGACAUAGACAGUAUUAAAAUCAGAAAACCCAAUGACAUUGAGACCUUCAAAAUCGAGGGAGAAUGGUACUUCAUCAUUGCGGACACCUCAAAGGCUGGUUCGACCACUGUAUACAAGUGGAACGGUAAUGGUUUCUACUCACACCAGUCGUUGCACCAUUGGUAUAGGGACACGGAUGUGGAGUACCUCGAAAUAGCCAACAAACCCCACCUGAUCUUGUCGAGCAGCUCCCAGCGCCCAGUCAUCUUCCAGUGGAACAAAAGCCAGAGAGAGUUUGUGAGGCGCACGGACAUUCCCGACAUGGAGGACGUAUAUUCUGUCAAGCACUUCAAAGUCAAGGGCGAUUUGUACAUCUGCUUGACAAGGUUCAUAGGCGACUCCAAGGUGAUGAAAUGGGAAUCAUCCCGCUUCGUGGAAAUGCAAACCCUCCCCUCCCGCGGAGCCAUGGUGUUUCAGCCCCUGAGGAUAAACAGUUGGCAAUACGCCAUCUUAGGCAGCGACUACUCCUUCACCCAGAUCUACCGCUGGGACGCAGAGAAAGUCAAGUUCGUGAAAUUCCAAGAACUAAACAUCCAAGCUCCAAGGUCGUUCACGUUCGUGUCUACAGACAAUCGCGAGUUCCUCUUCAGCUCCAGCUUCAAAGGCAACACCCAGAUCUAUAAACACGUCACCAUUGACUUAAGCACAAUCUAAAACAAAAGAUAGACUGUUCGAACAAUGCAUUUCGAAACAAAAUACUGUAAAAAUGACAGCUUAAAAGUACUAUUGGAUAAUCACAUUUACAUGGAUGCGAUAACGAACCGUACGCAUGAUAUAACAUUGUUACUGAGAUUAAUGGCAUCAGGUUCCAAGUUUACUAGAAAAAGUAUUUCUAUUCCUCGUGUGCACUUUCUUCAUUUUGUUUGAUCGUAUCACCUGUAGUGGUUUCACAAGUUUGACUGUGGCACCGUGAGCUAUUUUAAUUGUUGUGUUUGAUGAAGGAAGCUGUAAAUACUGUAUUGUUGCAAUCCUCCUAUCUGUUGUACUUACAAAGAGAAAGAUUGAAAUGUACAUUUCCAUUUAUUUAUUCUACUGAAUGAACAAUCUUACAAAUAAAAUCUUUACAUUUU